UACCAUGAGCACUUCCCUGGCCUGACAGCCCCUGCCUCCCCGGGAGCUCCGGGGUGGGCUGCUGAGAGCCCGGAGCCGCUCUCCUCCCUCCCACCGCCCCUCCAGACGAGCCCCAACAGCCGCUUGGAUGCUUUGAUUUCUUCCCUGCCCAAAAUUCCUCCUGCCCAGAUGCAGUGGAUAAUAUUCAUGUUGCUGUUAUUCAUCAGCUCCAUAGAAAUGCUCACGCAGAACCGAUGGAAGAAGCAAGGUACAGUGCGCACAGCCGGCUCGUCCUGCUCAGUGAGCGCUGGGCUGCUGGAGAACUGCACGGGCUGCGUCCUGUGCUCCGAGGACAACGGGUGCAUCACCUGCCACCACCGGCUCUUCCUGCUCAUCUGGAGGGAUGGCAUCCGCCAGUACGGGAUGUGUGUCCACACCUGCCCCCCCGGAUACUUUGGCGUGAGGGGGCUGGAGGUCAACAGAUGCACAAAGUGCAGGUCCCCCAGCUGCGAGAGCUGCUUCAGCAAAGAUUUCUGCAUGAAGUGCAAAGACAAGUUUUACUUGCACAAGGGCCAGUGCUUUCGGCAGUGCCCCCCCAGCACCACAGCUCAGCCCGGCACCCGCGAAUGCCAAGAGAUGUGCGAGCCGGGACCCUGGAGCGAGUGGAGCGCCUGCACCCACGAAGGACGGACCUGUGGAUGCAAGUGGGGUGUGGAGACCAGAGUCCGCGAGGUACCGGGGGCCAACAGGGAGGAGGGGGCUGCCUGCCCCGCGCUGCUGGAGACGAGGAAGUGCCGGAUGAGGAAGCACUGCCCCGGAGAGAAACACGAACCCAAAAAUAAAGGCAAAAAGAGACAGAAGAAGAUGAAGACAGACCCACACGUGGGUACCUAGCAGCAUCAGCACCAGAGGUGGGGCAAUGUGGCAGGAGAUGGUUGGGAGCUCUCUGUGAUGCCAGGUGAUGUCACAGAGAGCUCCUCACCAUCUCCCACCACACUGCCCCAGCUACAUCGCCCGUUUUUCCAUCCACCAAAAAAAAAAAAAAAAUUGCACAAUUUUCUCCCCUCUUCCUCCCCUUCCCAUUUUCUUUUGAGACAAUUUAUGGCCUGUAAGACAUUUCCUUUUUCAGAAAAUCUAAUUUGCAGCGUCCAAAGCAAUGCCCCGGGGCUGGGGGAGGGGGUGGUUCCUUGAUAUUUUUUUAUGUUUGUUUGUAUUUUUCCUGUUUUUCCCUCUCCCCCAGCAUGUUAGGUCCCUCUUCCUCCCGACGGGUGGGAUGGGGUUGGUCCGGGGUGACAAUGAUGCCUGCCUGGGUAGCAUCCCCCAGGGAUGGGAGACACCCUGUCCCUCGGUGUCCCAAUGGCACAGGGGUGCACAGCAUGCAGGAUGAGGUCCUCUGUCCUCAGCCACCAGCAUGGAGAGUGGUGGGACCCGCAGGAUUGGGACCCUGCUGGGGACCAUGCCAGCCUGCUGCUCAGCAUCCUCACUGGCACAGCAAUGGGUCAAAUUCUGCCAUCUUCAGGCUCACGGAGGAGCAGGAGGAGCCUCUCUCUCUCUCCCAAGCUGGAUGUGAGCACAGGAAUUUGGGGGGCUCUGCCUGUCCUUGGUUCUACAGCUGCCAGAGCCAGCCCGGGCAGGGAUGCUGCUGCCUCCUGCAUCUUCCAGCUGGGAUGUGCUGCCAGCAGCCACCACAGCCCCCCAGCCCCCUCCCAAAUGUCACCAGGGACAUGACCCAGGCGUGCUGAGCCCGUCUGUCCCACUGAGCCGGCUGCCACACUCGUGUCACACAGAUUUAAUGUGUGUUUUGCUCAAAUCACUGCUACAUCCUCAAGCAUCUUUGUGUUUGGGGGAUUGCCCGGGGUCAGAGCCCACCCCCUGUCCCUGCUUCGAGCACGGGCAGGGUCUGGCAGUGGCUGUAGGGGCUGUAGGGGCUGUGGGGGAUGACAGUGGGGUGCCACUGCUGGGUGCCAGCAUCGAGUCGGUCCCGGAAACCAGCACAAAGCUGCUGAGUCAGCUCCUCCGUCCGCUUAACCUCAAAUAAAUGUAUUAAA